GAAAGAGGCACGUUGUGCGCUGAGGUAGCCGGCUCUUCAGAACCUGUUCCAGAGCCCACAGCUGUGGCAAAAAAGAGCAACAGAAUGGACCCGGAGAGUUCAGAGCAGAGUCAGGAUUGGACGAUUGUUCCAUCCAUUCAUCAGGAAAAAGUUCAGGGCCUUGGGUUGGACUUUAUUACCAAAGAUGAGGCUUCUGAACUCAACAAUGAGCACUUUUCCAUGGAUCACAAGAAUGAACCCACUUCAAGUGUGAAAAUUAAAUUGGAAUCUGAGGAGGAACUUGUAGACCACCUUAAAAAACCAGAAGGAAACACUGAGAGGGAAAUUUCAAACAACAAGUCUUUCACAGUGACUGAGGACAUCUAUGAUACUAAUUUCACAGAUGGGAGUCCUGUUUCUGUGCUGAAGCCUGAGAUAUCAUCUAGAGCUGCAGAACAGAAGGACAGCUUUGAAACAAUGAAUGUGUUAACAUCCACAGACAACUCUUUCCGCAGGUCAAGUGCAGAGACUUCACCAGGUGGACCUGCUGCUACAGCACCAAUCUCUGACAUUGCUUUAUCUAAUCCAGAGGUAGAACCAUCAGGGGUCAACACUGCUUUAAGCAAAACUGUGUCACUGAAAUGCAGCUCAGCCAAAUCUGGGUGUCAAGAGGUCAAGAAGUCUAGUAAGAUGAUGUCUACUACAAGUCUUGGAGAACACCAAAACUCAGGAUUGUCAUCUGUAACCAGAGGAGAUAUACCACUUCCUGAAGCAACAAAAGAGUUGACAGCAAAGAUACCCAAAAUCCUGAACAGUGGAGAUUCCUCGCUCAAGGAUAUCAGCACAGAUCAGAGAGAAACCAGAGAUAACUUUCAAGAACAUGAGAAAGUGCACCAGGCCAUGAAUAACAAUCCAAUACAAGAAUUAGAACAAACAAUAACAACAUCACCAACCACUGGAACGGUGCCAGGGAAGAGCAGCAAAUCCAACUCAGAAUUUUCUGCCAAAGCAUCUUUGGUCCUUAACAGUCCCAGCAAAGUUCCGACCAAGUUGAGGUUGGAAGAGCACAAGAAAAAGGAGAAUCACCCCUCUGUGCCAGACAUUGAUGAAGUGAAGGAAAACAGAAAACUUUAUGCUUCAUGUAAUAGGCCACUGGCUGGAGGUGUAAGUGGGAAGGGGGAAGAACUGGAAAGUUCUUCAAAGAGCUUUUCUCACUCUCUUGAGGUUAAAGCUUGGAAUACAUCUUCAUCUCCACAAGCGAUGGAGACGGAAGAGGCAUCCCUUGCAACCGCUGGGUCUGCCAAUGAACAUGUGCUAGGCCAAAGCAAACCCGCAUUACAAAACCAAAAAGAUGAAAAUAUCAUAUCCUCUACAAGCGUAAUAAACAGUGGGAUGUCUCCGAAAAGUGAUAUCACAACAGAGAUCAAAGACAAAGGUUGCCCUGAACAAGAAACCGUUGACGUCCAAAAUGAGAAAAUGCCAGAGGGGUUUGUUGCAAUCGUGAGUGCACAGCCAGAUGUGCCGUUGCUUCCUGGCAGUGCACAUGGCACUAAGCGCGAACCAGAUCCUGAACUGGCUUUACGUGCACUAUUGGAGCCUAAAGGGGCCCUAAUCAAGGAAAGAGAAACAAGAGAUACUGAUGUACUUCCUGCCAAAGAUGGUGGUAACAUGUCAGGAAAGAUGGCAUCAUUGCCCAAAGACAAGAACAAGCCUUCAAGCAAGAACACAGAACCUGAGAGAGACAGAGGUGAAACAGAGGUAUCAGACACUGUGACGUCAGCAGAUAGAGAUUUAUACAAGGACUCAACCAAAGUGUCUGAGAAAGAUCAAGAUCGAGACAAACCCCUCAAAUCCUUGAGUGAAAUGAUGUCAUCAGAAAGAGACAGAGAGAGCCAAAACCGUGAGAAAACUUCUACUCAGCAUGAAACAUCUGUGUCCAGUUCUCCCCCUGAGCUCAUCUUGGACCCUGAGAUCUCCACCGGUCAUGAAAAGGACAAGCAAGAAACAAAACCCCUGCUUUCACCAGUCAAAUCAAAAUCGAAGCCUAGUGUGGUUUCGACUGACUCCUAUCUGCCCAUGAACCAACAAAAGCCAGUGACUAAUAACACAAAACCAUGCAUUCAAGACACUGUAAACACACUUGCUGAUGCAGUGAAAAAUGGGAGUGAAGCUUCUUCUACAAUCAAGGAUGGACUGGAGAAACCAGAGACAGAGAACACACAUCUGCAUGUGCAACAUUCUUGUAAGGAGCACAACACAGGACAGAGUGAACUGGCACCACAAGCUUCUGAUUCCACUGCUCUCAAGUCAAGCCAAACUGAUCAAAGUUGUGCAACGAGUAGUGACCAGAGUCCUUCAGCCACGCACAGUGGAGUUAAAGUACGAGAGAAAUCACAGAACUCCCCGAAGAGCAGGCCUGUAUCUGACCUGAUAAAACAGAACAUCCAGCUGCAUGAGACGAUAAAGGAGUGGACCAAACCAGUCGAGCCCAAAGCUGAAGGGGUUUUUGACCCUGCGCAGUCUGUGAAAGUGGCGCAGAUGAAGGCUGCCUUUGAUGUGCCGAAAAAAUCACCAGAUAAACUCCUAGAGAGGAAACCAUCAACACGAAAAGAUAUGUUCAGACGGGUUGUGCGGCAGAGUAAGUUCCGGCAUGUGUUCGGCCAGGCGGUGAAGAAUGACCAGUGCUAUGAUGACAUCAGGGUCUCUCGAGUGACAUGGGAUAGUGCCUUUUGCGCAGUCAACCCCAAAUUUGUUGCCAUAAUCGUUGAGGCCAGUGGCGGUGGGGCCUUCCUUGUUCUGCCCCUGUACAAGACGGGUCGUAUAGAUAAGUCCUACCCUACGGUAUGUGGACACACGGGGCCAGUGUUGGACAUCGAUUGGUGUCCCCACAAUGAUCAGGUCAUCGCCAGUGGGUCAGAGGACUGCACCAUUAUGGUGUGGCAGAUUCCUGAGAAUGGCCUGGUGACCUCCAUGUCAGAACCUGUGGUUGUGCUGGAGGGUCAUUCUAAACGAGUGGGAAUCAUUUCCUGGCAUCCCACUGCCCGAAAUGUUCUCCUCAGCGCAGGCUGUGAUAAUGUGGUCAUAAUCUGGAACGUGGGCACCGGAGAGGCUAUGAUCACUCUGGAGGACAUGCACCCAGAUGUCAUCUACAGUGCCUGCUGGAACCGCAACGGCAGCCUCAUCUGCACUGCCGCCAAAGACAAGAAGAUUCGAGUCAUCGACCCACGCAAAGAGGAGAUCAUAGCGGAGAAGGAUAAGGCCCAUGAAGGAGCGAGGCCCAUGAGAGCCAUCUUUCUCUCUGAUGGGAAUGUCUUUACCACUGGGUUCAGUCGUAUGAGCGAGAGACAGCUGGCGCUCUGGAACCCGCAAAACAUGGAGGAGCCAAUCUCAGUCCACGAGAUGGACACCAGCAACGGAGUCCUCCUGCCCUUCUAUGAUCCUGAUACCAAUGUGGUCUACCUGUGCGGAAAGGGUGACAGCAGCAUUCGUUAUUUUGAGAUCACGGACGAGGCUCCUUUUGUGCAUUACCUCAACACGUUUACCACCAAGGAGCCCCAAAGAGGCAUGGGCUACAUGCCCAAGAGGGGCCUGGAUGUUAACAAAUGUGAGAUUGCCAGGUUUUACAAACUGCAUGAGAGGAAGUGUGAGCCAAUCAUCAUGACUGUGCCAAGAAAAUCUGACCUGUUCCAGGAUGAUCUGUACCCGGACACGGCGGGUCCAGACUGCGCUCUAGAGGCUGAGGAGUGGUUUGAGGGGAAGAACGGUGAGCCCAUUCUGAUCUCACUUAAACACGGCUACAUCCCCGGCAAGAACCGUGACCUCAAGGUGGUCAAGAAGAACAUUCUGGACAACAAGCCCAAGAUGAGCAAGAACUCUGAGAACACCAACCCCGCCCCCAAAACAGCCACCUCCGCCCCGUCUAUCAAAAGUGAAGCGAAGCUGGAGGAGGUGUUGAAAGAAAUCAAGUCUCUCAGAGAGCUGGUCAGCAGUCAGGAAAAGAGAAUCGCCCAUCUGGAGGAGCAGUUGUCCAAGACGGACAUCUAAAAGGACCCAAAUCCCCUUCCACCCAGCUACUGUUCAGGAUGUUCUGUUGGCCAGGUGGGCGGGACCCGUCACUGCCAAUCACCUCGACAGCGUUCCGUCUGAAACCUGCCUCGCAGCGAUCCCGACCGACAUUCCAAGAUGAACUUUUUCUUUUCUUUUUUUUAAAUCCUUUUCUAACCGCCAAACCCGUAAUAUCUGCAGAAUGAGAGAGAGAGGGAGAGGGACUAAGCAUAGGUCUCUUGCCAAAUUGAAGAAUUUAUAUUUUACUAAACCUAACUUUCUGUGUUUUAUUUGUUUUUUUUUCCUUUUCUUUUCUUUUUUUAUUGACCAAAAUCACAACCGGCUCCACAUUCCAGAGCGAAGCAUUCACGUGACCUCACGUGCUUAGAUGUUGGAAUAAGAACCUUCAGUAUUGCAUUACUCACUGUCAGGCCUUACCCCUGUUCUUUUGUUGCCAAAUUUUUAGAGGAGACUUUUAGAGGCACCUCCUUGACAGUAUUUGACCUUUAGCGUUUUCAUUUUGUCUUACUUUAGUCUUUGUGCUAAUACGGGACAAUGCAGUAGGCUGGUAAUGCUAUGGAGGUGGUGGGGGGGUCAUUUAAAUGAUGAUAAUACGGUUUAAAACAUGUCUUUAAUACAUGGAGAAAAAAAAGCUGAUUUUAAUUAACCACAGGCAUAUAUGUGUACAGUCGGACUGAAUGUACAGAUCAACAGAGUAAAACCGCAUCUACCUACUGAAAGAGUCUUAAGAGUCUUACCUCUUGUCUUUAGCUCUGUUCAGAUCAUCAUUCAGGUGCCCAUUUAAAACAUAAGAAUUUUGAACAUUCCUGUACUGAAAUAAUGAUUUUCCAGCCUGGAUCUUAUAGUUGCCACUGACAUUCCUCACAACUUUCCUCUCUCCCUAAAGAAUUCUCUCAUUAAGCUGAAAGCAUGCAAUAAAGUUUUUUUUCUAAUUAAA